ACAGUGACAUUGACUGUGCCGACUGGCCGACUGCCGGUGAAACUCAAACAAACAUGGUCAAUAUGAGGAUUCCAACUCAAUACCUAAUCCAGGAACAUUUCAAGUAAUUUGAAACAAGUUCAUCAUGCGAAAUUAACUGUGGAAUUCAGGAUAUUUGAUUUUGAAGUCUUGUAGUGAAUGGUAAUUUCAAGUGCGGAAAUCUCCCAAGUUUCAUUCAUAAAGAUGCCAAUGACUCUUCGAUCACAGAAUAAGAAAGGAAGUUGUACAGUCGUCACAAAAGCCAAACCUGGGAAUGAAGGCAAAGUAAAGGGAGGGAACAAGAGGCAAGCUGAAGCAUUUGUGAUGAGCCGGUCUCAAAAGAAAACUAAAACACCUGUAAAGAAGAAAGGUAUGGUCAAAAAAGCUGAAUUAAAGUCAUGUUUGGGAUUGAAUAAUACUUCUGACUCAGUUGAGCAUAACAGGAAUUCAGUAUGCAGUGGAAAGAGUUCUUCGCCUUAUCAAGAUAAGGUGUUAGCAGGUGAUAAAAGAUCUAAAGUUAAAAAUUAUACUCAACUCAAAAGAGUUAAAGAGAACAUAAAACAAGAAAAGGAAGAUACUGACAAAUCUUUAAAGGAAAAUACUCCCCAACUUCUAGGAGUGAACUGUAAACAAUUUGUGGACAAGGAUAAAUGUCAGGAGAGUUUAGGAGAAAAUGUGAAUGAAUGUAGCAGGAGAAUUUGUAGUAAUGCAAAUGUUAUACAUCCUUUAAAAGAAAUCAACCUUCUUCCACAAGAGAAUUAUAAUGAAGCUGGAGAAAAGAACACAAAAAUUGAAGAUGAUGUACUUUCAGAUGAAUCUAUCAGUGAGAUUGUCGAAGAAAUAAUCCGUUACCAUAUGGAGAAAGACAAAAGACAUGGAGCAACAAAAAAUGAAAAUUCAGAACUAAAUAACACCCUGUAUUCUGAGGAAACACAUUGUAAUACUUCCCCAGAUAAGACAUUUGUUGACCAUACUGCAGACUAUGAUGAUGGUGAAAUCACACAGGAAUCAGUUCUUGCUGAAACUGCUUGUAAAUAUUCAGUAGCAACAGAUCAGAAAAUAAAGACAGUUUUUCCUUGUGAGACUGUCUUAAUAGGAACUAUGUCUGUUGAAGAAUUGGAAAGAGGUAAUGAUCCGUCAUCGUCGGACAUCAUGAUCUCUCCACCACCACUUGUAGAACAAACAACAUGCCCACCCUCAUAUAGUAUUGAGAGCAUAGAUCCAGAGUGGGCAGGGCGUCUCCCUUUACCCCCUGGCUGUGUCCCUGUCAACUUAACAGAAUAUGAACCAUUUAAAAUAGAGUACGAUGUGACCCAGCUGCCACCAACUGUAAGAACAUACGUUGUCUUGAAGGGUAUCACAGAAAAUGAAAUUAAUGUAUUUUCGGGUGCCAGAGUUGAGUAUGUGGACACAUCUUGUCUGAACAAGAAGCCCCAUUUUUGUAUUCGAGCGAGGACUGUGAGGUCAAUGAACAUGGCAAUUGGUUUAAUUGUUGCACUAAUUAAAGAAGGAUUUGAAUUAUUGCAAGCAGAGGAAAAGAAAAAGGCAGUUGAAACUGAAAAAGUUUUAGAAAGCAAUAAACCAGCGGAGAAACAUACUGAAGGAAGAACAGUAAACAAGCCAGUACAGGAGGAGGUCCGGGCAAACAAUUUUGAGAUGGAAUAUGAGAUCAAUGAUUUUCCACUCAGUGUCAGGACCCAUAUUAUGUUGAAGGGGAUCAUAGAGAACAAAGUAACAUUUGCUUCUGGUGCCAAGGUCCGGACCAAGGGUUGCUAUGUGGUUCCAGAGAAGAAGAAGUACUCCAGACUGAAACCACUCUAUGUUUUCAUUGAGGCAACUUCUGAAGAAUCUAUCAAUCUGGCUGUAAAAGUCCUAGAGGAGCUGAAAGCAGAAGCUUUCCAGUUGGCAGAAUCCUCUAUUGUGAGGAAGGUGCCUGUGGGACUGGAGGAUGCUCCAGUGGCGUUUGACCUGCUCAACCGUCUGUUGGGACAAGGUGGGGCCAACUUGCGGCACAUAGAGAACCAGACAGGAGCCACUGUUUCUCUCCGGGGACAACAGAGUGGAUUCAUCAAAUUCACCAACAACAAAGAGUCUGAAGAACCCCUCCAUAUCAGAGUAGAGCACAAGAAAGAAGAUAUCGUUGUGGAAGCACAGAGACUUGCUCUGAAUCUGGUACAAACAAUCAAGGACGAUUUCAAGGAGUUUUCAAAAUAUGAGAGUCAAAAGUUUUCCUAUAUUCCGACAACCUCAACUAUUCCAGCUCCUUCACUCAGACCUCCACCGCCCAGGUUUCCUUCCUCCACAGUUCAGCCUGGAGUUACAACACCAGCAACUCCUCCCCAGAGAUUACAAACGAGAGUUACAUCACCAGCAACUUCUGCCCAAAGGUUACACCCUAGAGUUACAACACCAGCAACUCCUGCCAAGAGGUUACACUCAGGAGUUACAACACCGGCAACUCCUAUCCAGAGGUUACACUCGGAAGUUACAACACCAGCAACUCCUGCCCAGAGGUUACACCCGGAAAUUACAACACCAGCAACUCCUGCCCAGAGGUUACACCCGGAAGUUACAACACCAGCAACUCCUGCCCAGAGGUUACCCUCUGGAGUUCCAACACCAGCAACCCCUCCCCAGAGGUUACACCCUGGAGUUACAACACCAGCAACUCCUCCCCAGAGGUUACACCCAGGAGUUACAACACCAGCAACUCCUGCCCAGAGGUUACACCCAGGAGUUACAACACCAGCAACUCCUGCCCAGAGGUUACACCCAGGAGUUAUAACACCAGCAACUCCUAUCCAGAUGUUACAGUUGCCCCAGAAGAGACCACAAGAGCCAACAUUUCAAACUGGUCAAGCACAGAGUAAAAUACCCAGAGUGGCGUCAUCUUUGUCACAGAAUCCUCAUAACAAAAUAAAGUUCACAAUAAAGAGUACUAAAAAGACAGUUCUGCCAGCCACUUCUGUUCAGACAACGGCUAAAGUGUCCUCCGUCAUUACUUCCAACCCAGCAGAUUCUGUAGGCACCGUCAGGACUCCUCGUCAUGCUCGUCAGGUAAUCAAUCAGAUCAUUAAUAGUGAGACUGUUAACCACCAUCAAACUCCGUCAACCGAAUCGGAGCAAACUACCCAGAAUAAGGCGAACAGUCAGUUGUCACGAGUGGUGGAGUUACUUGAGUCAGCUCUGAAUGUUCAUGUGUCUUCACUACCAGCUGGUCUGGAAGCGACUCAGCUAGCAAAAGUACAAUUGCUGCUGAAGCAUCUAGUUCCUAUCCAUCUAGAUAGAAGAUCCACGGAUGAGCAAAAAUCCCAACUUCUGAUAGUGUUGCAACUCUUGGAGAAGUCAAUGAGCAACAUGAGCGGUGGGAGCCAACACCGGUCACCGUUGCCACAAACUAUGCAGAUAGUGAAGAAACUGUUGCAAACGGAUGACUUGAAGUUCAUAAAUCCUCAACCUUAUGAUCCACAAGUAGAACAGAAGUCAUCACAACUGAUUGAAAUUACUGAACUGUUGCAAAAAGCACUGCAAACUUAUAUCAAUAACUCGUCUGACAUCUGUCAAAAGUCUCUUCUGACACCAGUUUUACUAGUGAUGCAACAGAUGACUGCCAAGAUGUCCACGACAUUGGCCAUGGGUGAACAGGAAGACCAACUGAUGACCGUUCUGGAUCUACUGGAGGAAGCUUUCCAAAAUAAAUCUGGUGAUUAUGAUCAACCAAAGUUGCAGCUCCUGCAAGCUAUGCAAACAUUGAGGAACAUACUGCAGAACAAAGACUCUUCAAAGAGUCGAGUACCGACCAACACUUCAUCUGCCACAACCGCAAAUCCUGAAAAAUUAAUUCAGCAAACGCCACCACCACCUGUCUGUGUUUCUGGACAUCGACCUUCUCAAUUAUUACAACUUCUGCAACUGAUGGUCAAAGCAAUGCAAACUCAUAUCAACAGAGGAGGAGCACUGAAAUCUCAGCUGCUGCAAAUCACUCAACUGUUGGAACACACUGUGACAAUUCAGGGCAAGAAUUUAGAAACAGAAGAGCAGAAGACUCAGUUUUUGAUGAUCCUGCAGCUCUUGGAAACAGCAUUGAAGAGCCAAUCAAGUCCAGGACAACAGUCACCAGAGUUAUUGCAGAUCAUGCAACUGAUCAAAACAACACUGCAGGCUAAAGUGAUAGUAGAGCCUUGCCCUUCACAGCUGAUGCAGGUCAUGGAGCUGAUUCAGAAGACUCUAGAAACCCAUGCCAGUUCGAUGGAGGUCAGCCAGCAAAAGAUACAACUACUUCAGUUGAUACAGUUAUUGCAGCAAGCAUUGGCGAGUCAACAAAGAGUAGCAGGAUCCCCAGAGCAAGAAAGACGACUGAUUUACUUUAUCCAGUUGGUGCAGCAAAUUUUGCAAACUCAGGUUUUCCCUCCAUCAUCAGACCCCCACCCAUCGCAAAUAGUGCAGAUAAUGCAACUGAUCCAACAGACCCUAGACACGGCUGCUUCUCCUCCAAUCUGUAGUCAGCCUCAGCCAUUUUCGGUACCUCCAUCACCAAAUAAAUUCAAUCAAAUUGUGCAAAAAAAUAGUACAAGUGUUCAGAGUCAUGUUGGGACGAAUUUUCCAGCACACCAACUGAUGCAAUCUGAAACACUUUACGUACCUUCCAGCACACAGCAGAAUCAACCGGGCCUUGCUGAACAACUGGUUAACAGUCUGCAGAUUAAGUCAAAUGCUCAUAGAUCCGUGCAACUGGGGCAGACUGCCACAGAAUCCAACAGCAAUCCGAUGUCACCAAUUACGCUGCAGAUGCAGGGUUUACAAAACCAGUUCAACCUGAACACACCUCCACAUCCAUAGCCGUGGAUGACCAAAACAAACUUCAACAAUUGUCAACACUUAUGCAGCAGAUGUCCAUAUUUCAUAUUUCAACCCACAUAACCAUCACAGGGAGAAAUCUAUAACAAGAAAUAUUUCUAUUGUUUUAUUAUUCCAAUUCUGUCUACUGAAUUAAUUGCUGUAAUGCUUUCAACGAUGAUAAUCCAAAUUAUCUGACAAGAAAUUGUAACUCCGUGAUAGUCUUCUGUUACGAAGGGUUGACAAGAACCUCUUCUCAAAAUUGUAUUAUUUUUAUAGUAGUUUUCGUUAAUUUUUCUACAGUUAUCCACCUUUUUAUUGAAUAUUAAUCAUGAAUUGUGUAAACAAAUAUAAUGAGAAUCAUUUAACAAGUGUUGUCGAAGUAAAACAACAGUAAUGUUGGGAUCUAUGUAUUUAUUAUUUAUUUCAAGGAAGAUGAUAAUUAAAUAGUUAUGAGUAAUUAGUUUACGAAACAUCCUUAGAAAUUUUCACAAUAUUAAGUGAAUGUGGAAUUUGUGCCACUUAAUUAAAAUUAAUUAUAUUAUAAAUGAAAUAGUGGAGAAUAAUUUUUCAUCUUUAAAACAAUAACUGAUUGUGUUUAGUAGCAGGUUUGCAUGUCAGUAAUAGUUUGGUUCAACAAAUUUCAUUGUUUUAAAUUAAUAUUUAUUUCUUUUUAUAAAGUUUUUUGUAUUUUUUUUACUUCCAUCUAGGGAAUAGGUAGGUUUCGUGAUUUUUGUAGGGCCUUUCACAUGCUGAUGCUCUGUGAUAUUGUAUGAAAAUGUGAAUAUGAUCUGUAUACAGAUUUUUAUUUUAUUGUGUGAAUAUUCUUACUUGAAUUUAUAUUGUACAAUCAGUAGAACUUGUAAUACUGUUAAUAAAGACAUUUUAGUCAUUUAAAA